GACAGCGCUGUCCCACCCUAGCCCAGCGCCGCCGGCAGUGCAGUACCACCAUAUUAGCCGCGUAGGUCUCCCGAGCAUCGCUGCGGAGCACAAGGCGCGCACCUGUGAGCGAGAAACAAAACAUCCCGAUGGGUCUUCGUUAUUAAGGGACACUUUUUGACGGUUUUAAAAUGUGAGAAAGGAGCCACUGAAUGUCGAGCAAUUAGGUAGGAAGAAGCGGUGCUCUUGAACUGCGUAAACAUGGGGUCUCCAUCGAAUCAUCACCGGCUUCUUCUCCAUCAUCACGGGGGACUGAUGCUCUCCGUGUCUCUGCUGUGGACCCUGAGCUGCGUGCAUGCCGCGCGCGCCUCGCAGUUUUCCGACCUCAAGUCCAAGAUCUCGGGGGUGGAGGAGCUCCUGGAGGAGUUCACCAAGCAGCUCCAGCAAGAGCAGGAGGAGGGCGCGGCGGCGGCGGCGGCGGCGGCGGGGGGCGACGCGUGUCUCGGCGGCUUCAGCGCCAUCCAGGGACACAUCAUCCGCACUAGGGACUCCAUCGACAUGGGUGCCACCUUCCUCACGGCCCCCACGCGCGUUCACAGCCGGGGGGCCUGCCUGCGCGCGUGCUGCGCCGAGCCGCGCUGCUCCGUGGCCGUGGUGCAGGAGGAAGAGGAGGAGGAGGAGGAGGAAGGGGGCGCGGAGGAACGGGAGGUGACGCUCGGCUGCUUUCUGUUCGACUGCGUACGCGGCGGGCGCGGCGUCUGCGCGUUCAGUUCGCAGCGCGGCUACAGCAGCUACAGCCGGGCGGCGGCGCGCGGCGGCGGCGCGAGCCCCACGCCGGCGCGCGCGGACUCGACCGAGCGGAGGGUGCAGGACGCGACUGCGGCGGAGCACUCCGGUGCGCAAGGUGUCGACGAGCCUCCCCGGGGUGACGCCGGGCCGGACGUGGUGAUCCAGCUGCCCACUGACUGGGCAGUCCUGGAUGGGCGGGACAGCAUGGACGACCACGGUAUCGUCCGCUACGAGUGGACCUUGGUCCAGGGAGACCCCUCGGUCAACACAAAGGUGACCCAACCAGGCAUCCUGAAGAUCACUGGGUUGCAGGAGGGAACCUAUCACUUCCGUAUGAUUGUCACAGACACGGCGGGGCAACGGAGCUCGGACAAUGUUACCAUCACCGUGCUGCCUCCGGAACACCAACCCAAGGCGUGUACGGGCCACUGCUCCCGCUACCAGUUCACCUGUGACGACGGCUGCUGCGUGGACAUCACGUACGCCUGCGACGGCAAGCAGCAGUGCCCUGACCGCUCCGAUGAGGAAUUCUGCCAGAAAUUUGACGGGAGCCGCAAGGUGGUAACUCACCCCUCCGGGUCGGUGACACACCGACAGGACUUUGAUGAUGGGGUGAUGCUGCUAGGUGGGACCAGGACUGCCAUGGAGGAGCCAGACAAAGCCAGCGGAGCCCACAGCAGGGGCAAGUUGCUGCCCCCUCCAUACAGCCCACGGGACAACAAACAGGGCCCAGAGGUUUGCUUGGCACCCCACGACGCCGGACCCUGCAACGGCGUGUUCUCGCGCUGGUACUACGACCAGCUCACCGGGGUGUGCAAGCGCUUUAUCUUCGGGGGCUGCAAGGGCAACGGCAACAAUUUCCUGCGGGAGGAGGACUGUGCGAACCGGUGUAUCCCCAAGCCGGGUGGGUUUUAUGCAGGCAAACAGAAGAAUUUCACCGGUCCUCAACCUAGCAAGCCGACAGAGACACCACUGCUUUCUGUAGCUAAACUUAUGCCAGGAGCCGUUCAUAAAGACAAAGAUGAGAGUUCCACGGUGGUGGGGAAGGUGGAUCCUGUUCGAGGAGGACACCCAGUCCCCGAGUCAGGUCUAGAGCCCAUCAUCAGUUCCCGUUGGCGUAACCUCCGCUGCGCAGUACACGUCUCUGCUUCAGCCAUCGACUUAUUAACGUAUGAAUGCGUACGUCAGCGAGUGCAUUUCUGCUCUGUACCGCCCCCUGUAGGUGCAAUCCUCCCACUGGCACUGGGCCUCAUCAUCACCGCGCUGCUCUUGCUCAUGGUGGGCUGCCGUCUGCGCCUGGUGCGCCGCAAGCUGAAGAAGGCCCGGCCGAUCACGUCCGAGGAGUCCGACUACCUCAUCAACGGCAUGUAUCUGUAGCGGCGACGACCCAGGAUUUGUCCAAAACCCAUCAUUUAGUCAGACGUCGGAGCCGUCGGUGUGCGGUGACUGCAGAUAGCCCCGCCUCCCGUUGUAUUGAUUGGCAUCUUCCACAGCCAAUCGUGGUAAGGGGGCGGAACCUAUUUUACACGGACAAUCGAUGAGAACAUCCAUUUUUCACCUGUCAACACUGCUUUGUACGAGCAUAACAGUAACAGCUGCGUGUGUGUUUUUGAUGCAUUGUUUUGGUUUCACGCUCUCCCUCUAGGCACUUUUAUAACGUUCCUGUCGGUUUUGAGAAAUGUUGCUCGGAAGUACGAUGUUGUGCACACGGCUGCCGGAGUAUGUCAGCAUUGUGCGCUUUGUGCCAUAAAGCUCGCCCCCGAAACA